GUAGGCCUAAUUGAGCUCUAUCCUAUUCACCUGGUGUUGUUGGCGCACAUGUUGUCAAUUUGAGUUAAUUAACAACCGAAUUCAUAAAUAUUAUUUUCAGACGGAGGUUUUCUUAUGUGUGAAAUAUUUCUAAUUGACAAACUAUGGCGUUUUCUCUGAGAGACGAGAGAGCCCAUGACCGUUGGGGCACUGAGGCUCAGGCCUUGUCCGCAUGCAGUAACGCCGACAUAUUUCGUAGAAUGAACACAAUGUUGGGCAACGCGCUUGACUUGACCGGCGUAUGUACCACACCAAAUACUAAGGGAAAACGGGACCUACUGACAGACCGGCAGGAAUCGGAGCUGGAUUCAGUGGGCAGCAGGAUGCUCUUUCCUGGCAGUGGUGGCAUCAGUGGCUCCCAGGAGGCUUCCUCAAGGGGCCUGCCCGACGUCAAUGAUCUGGGCCUCGGCCUCCAGUCCCUCAGCUUGUCAGGCUGGGAGCGUCCUUGGAGCAGCCACGAUGCUGACACACACCCCACUGCCUCGACCCAGGCCCAACUCGGCUCUCCCUCCAUGCUGGGCAUGCUGGGGAGUCCCCUAGGCAACAUCCUGGGCAGGCCACUGGGCUACCCACCUGGCGAGCCCAUGGGCACCGCGGCCGACUUCCUAGACAAGUUCCCUGGGAUGGCACGCAUGGGAGGCCGCCUGGACUCUCGCUCCUUCCUGGACUCACGCUCUAGCAGCCCUGUGGACUCUGAGACCAGCGGCUUCAGCUCUGGCUCUGAUCACCUCUCUGACCUACUGUCCUCCCUGAGGAUAUCCCCUCCCCUCCCCUUCCUCAUGUCCAACAUGCAGAAGGACCCCCUGCGCCUUAACCUAAGCUCCCGUCUGGACCACCACCUCGACAAUAGCGCUGGCUCCCCUCUCACCCCCCCAUCCAGUGCCAGUCCUUCUUCAGGCACCCUGGCCCGCCGUUGGCCCGCCUCCUCACUGUGGCCCGGUCUGGACCUGCUGGACACACCCGAUGACCCCUUCAGCAUAGAGAGGGAAGCCCGCCUCCACAGACAAGCUGCAGCGGUUAACGAGGCCACCUUCACCUGGAGUGGACAGCUUCCUCCACGGACUAACAAGAACCCUCUUUACUCCUGCAAAGUCUUCUUGGGAGGAGUGCCCUGGGACAUCACUGAAGCUGGCCUGAUCAGCACAUUCAGUGGUUAUGGCCCUCUCAGUGUCGAGUGGCCGGGUAAGGAUGGCAAGCACCCUCGCUGCCCUCCCAAAGGUAAUAUGCCUAAAGGCUAUGUGUACCUGGUGUUUGAGAAUGAGAAGUCUGUGCGUGGACUGCUCCAGGCCUGCUCUCAAGACCUGCUCCACCCAGAGGACAACGGAGAGUACUACUUUAAGAUGUCCAGCCGCAGGAUGCGCUGCAAGGAUGUGCAGGUGAUCCCCUGGGUGAUCUCAGACAGCAACUUUGUGCGCUGCCCCUCCCAGCGCCUGGAUCCCAGCAAGACUGUGUUUGUGGGGGCAUUGCACGGCAUGCUAAAUGCUGAGGCCCUGGCCAGCAUCAUGAACGACCUUUUUGGAGGGGUCAUGUAUGCCGGCAUUGACACGGACAAGCACAAGUACCCCAUAGGGUCUGGCCGUGUCACCUUCAACAACCAGCGCAGCUACCUAAAGGCUGUGUGCGCUGCCUUUGUUGAAAUCAAAACCCCCAAGUUCACAAAGAAGGUUCAGAUUGACCCAUAUCUGGAGGACUCCAUGUGCCAGGUGUGCAGCCGCCAGCCAGGACCAUUCUUUUGCAGAGACCAGGCCUGCUUUAAGUACUACUGCCGCUCCUGCUGGCACUGGCAGCACUCCAUGGACAUCCUGAGCAACCACCGCCCCUUGAUGCGCAACCAGAAGAACCGGGACUCCAGCUAGAGUCCAGGAGUCCUUCUACAGCUAGGGGCCAGGAGUGAAAGCCCCACACCACACGGGGUGAGGCUGCCCACUGAGCAGAGCACGAGUCGCAGGGUCCUUCCCCCAACUCCCAGCACUGGAGAGAGGGGAGGGCACCAUGGCACUCCACCAGGAGCUGGGGAUAAACACAGUCAAAGUUCACUUGCACUUGCUACAUUUUUGCUGUUUACUUGUUCACAAUGGCACUAUGCACAGUGACCUUGUUGGGAUGGACAAGGGUGGCCCUCCCCCACACUUAUGCAGUUGUCCCAGACUUGGUAAAUUGAUGGUUUCAGGCCAGGGUUCAAAUGUAGAUGAAAAUGCCUUUUUGUUUUUCCUUUUGGAUUUGUUUUACAUGUGUUGCAUAUUGAUAGAGCAAUCAUGCAAGUCUCAUUGCCGUUCAUUGGCAGAUGCCAUACAGUGCCUUUAAAUUGUUUUUCCCUUCCCUCACCCCCAGUUGGCUAACUGUUUUUUCCUGUGCAAGCCAACUGGUGUUUUUUACUUUAGAAGAGAGUUGGGCUUACUUUAACCAGUCGCAUUGCAGACAUUUUUACGCAGUUUUUUACUAAUUUGUACACAAACGGUUUUAAGUCAUGACAUGGAAAUUUUGAACUGAAUUCCACCUGGCGGCUUUUUAAUUAAUUUUUCAUCCAUUAAUUUUUUCCUUCAACCCCAUGUGUUUGCUUUGGGGCUGUUGGUAACUUUUCAGUUUUUCAUCCCCACCCUUCCCAACGUUCAAUAAUGAACGGGCACAUAUACAAAUGGUGUUGAAGCAUUACUUUGCUUGGAUUGUCAGUCCAGUUCUUAGACAAUUGUACAACAUUGCAGGAUACCGCUCCUGCUUGGUUACCAUCAAGUUCAAAUCAAUUUAAUGGGUACCAUUACCGAGACUGGCGCAGAUGUUGACAUUUUGAUUGUACAUAGUUUAUUGUUGCACUUUUUAAUUUGCACUUUAUGAGGGGGUGGCAGUGGUUUUUAAAUCACUUGAUUUGUACAUAAGUAGAUGGACAGGUAUUGUCUUGGGCAGGUAAGCCAGGAACUUAACAGCUGCUUGUUUCCUGUUGUAUGUAGAACUUCCACUUUGCUGAUCAAACAAUGUACCCAGAGCUUGAAUAGACCUACCACAGAAUUCCCCCUUUCUUACCCCAUUGCCUACCUUGUUCCAGUUAGACAAUUACAUUGCGCUGUGUGCCAAAGACUUAUUUUUUCCUCCAAGUUUCACAUGCUGAGCCUUGUCUUUUAGCCCAGCUGCAUUUUAGAGUUUUGAAAGUCUACCUCAUUGUGGUCUGCCAAGUUUGCUGCUACUUAACGGAUGUGGAAUAUGUUCAGAUUGGGCACAAUAAAGGUGUUAAAGCAUUA